AUGCAGCGUCCAUUGAGAGAUGUUUGCCAUUGUAUACGCGCUGUCAAACGCUUUGAUACAGAUCAAGCCGAGCUCAAACGUCUUUGCUUCAUAUUGCAUUUAGCAAUGCAAUACAUGUUGCGUCUGACUCAUACGUCAUACAUUAAUUUGAUGGUGUCAUGGGUGACGCGACGGCCCAUCACUGACACAUCAAGCCGACACGGCGUGCCGACUACUCCAAAGAUAUACUCAGGAGAAAGGAUUGACCAGUUGGCUUGGAAAAUGGCUAUCCUUCAAGAUCAUAUGGAGCUUAUAAGCAGCUCACAAAUGGAAAGUGCGUACAGUUAG